GACCUAUCAAGGCGUCCAGUGUCGGAAGAGGACAGACCGAAGGCGGCGGCGCCCACGGGUGCAAGGAAGAGCCCCUCAUGUCGGGGAACGGGGCGGUGUGGGGGCGCGUGCGAAGCCGCCUGCGCGCCUUCCCAGAGCGCCUGGCGGCCUGCGGGGCCGAGGCCGCGGCCUACGGCAGGUGCGUGCAGGCGUCCACGGCCCCGGGUGGCCGCCUGAGGAAGGAUCUCUGCGCGCAGGAGUUCGAGGCCCUGAGGAGCUGCUUCGCCGCCGCGGCCAAGAAGACCCUGGAGGGAGGCCGUUAGGACGGACGGAAGGCUCAGCGCCGGGGGGCCGUGGUGCUGAUGGCCCCGGGGCCAAGCAUCCGGACACCUGAAGCCCUGAGGGCUGGAAGGAUGCCCGGUGGGGUGCGCCACAGGCACGAGGGUCUGGGCAGCGGACCCCGGGGGUCACAUGGAGCCCCCGUUCUGUGCGCGGCGUGCGCUGGGCUGGCCUCGCCCCAGAGAGCCUGACGGGGCGCGAGCUGCGGACGUGCUGCCUGGGGACCCUCCCUCACUCUCCCGUCUCCCCAAUAAAGUGUCUUCCAAGUCUCACG